CACGCUCGCCCGCCGCAAGACGCGUCUCACCCUCGCCCGACGCGUCAAUCUCGUCGCCCUCAACCCACCACACACCCGACCGCAACGCCGGCGCCGCACACCACCACCAAUUCAGCCAUCCAGUCACUCCGUCGAUAGAGCGUCGUCUGCCAUUCAGACUGCGUAAACCCAACUCAUCGACUCCGAUACAGCCAUGCCGCACUCGGUCGAGGGAGGAGGGCCCGGCUCGCCCCAGGGCGCGGUCAAGGACGAGCCCAUGGACGAUGCGGGCAUCCCCAGCAGCGCCCCGGUUGCCGACGGCGACGGCGACGUCGACAUGCAGCCGUCCGACGCCGCCGAUGCCGCGCCCCAACCCGUUAAGAAGGAGGUUCCGCUGGAAAACAUGUUCGACGACGAUUCCGACGACGACGAGUUUCCCAGCUCCGCCCCCGUCAAGGAGCAACCCUCGAGCCCGCCCGCGAGGGCGCCCGCAUCCCCAGUAGACGUCGCCUCGCUCAAGGCAUCCGACCCCGAGGUCAUGCGCAGCUUCUACCAGCGACUCUUCCCCUGGCGGCAGCUGUUCCAAUGGCUCAACCACAGCCCCACGCCCACAAACGACUUUGGCAACCGAGAGUUUGCCUUUACCCUGCAGAACGACGCCUAUCUGCGAUACCAGUCCUUUGCCACGGCAGACCUUCUGCGCAAAGACGUCCUCCGCCUCAUGCCCUCGCGUUUCGAAAUCGGCCCCGUCUACACCACCAACCCGCGCGACCGCAAGACGCUCCGCAACUCGUCCGCUUUUAAGCCCCUCGCCAAGGAGCUCUGCUUCGAUAUCGACUUGACAGACUACGACGAUAUCCGUACCUGCUGCGACAAGGCCAACAUCUGCAACAAGUGCUGGACCUUCAUGACCAUGGCCAUCAAGGUCAUCGACGCCUCCCUGCGCGAUGAUCUUGGCUUCAAGCACAUCAUGUGGGUGUACUCGGGUCGUCGAGGUGCCCACGCCUGGGUCUGCGACAAAAAGGUCCGCAGCUUGGACGACCAAAAGAGAAGGGCCAUUGCAGGCUACCUCGAAGUUGUAAAAGGUGGCGCGCAGGGCGGCAAGAAGGUGAAUGUGCGGCGGCCGCUGCACCCGCAUCUCUCCCGCAGUCUAGACAUUCUCAAGUCACACUUCCAGGACGAUGUCCUUGAGGGCCAGGACCCCUGGGGCACGGCCGAGCGCGCCGAAAAGCUGCUUCAGCUGCUACCGGACAAGACGCUCAACGACUCCCUGCGGCGCAAAUGGGACGCGGCCCCGGGACGUGCGUCCACGUCCAAAUGGGCCGACAUCGACGCCUUGGCCAAGACGGGCGCGAGCAAGCACCUCGACGCCAAGGCCCUCCUCGAAGCCAAGCAGGACAUUGUCCUCGAGUACACGUACCCGCGCCUCGACAUUGAGGUCAGCAAGAAGCUCAACCACUUGCUCAAGAGCCCCUUUGUCGUGCACCCCGGCACCGGCCGCGUCUGCGUGCCCAUCGACACGCGCCACCUCGAGGCGUUUGACCCCCUUGGCGUGCCCACGGUGCAGGGCCUGCUCGCCGAGAUUGAUGCCUGGAGGGACGACGGCGACGGCGAGGGAGACGACAAGGGCAAGGCGCUGGCGGACUGGGAGAAGACGAGCCUGAGGCCGUACGUGGAUUACUUUAGGACCUUUGUCGCAGGCAUCCUCAAGGACGAAAAGGACACGCGCGUCAAGAGGGAACGAGAUGACGAAUCGAUGGAGUUUUAGAGCGUCGAACGGGCAGAGGACUUUCCUCCCUCGCGGGGCCCUCGGAGUAGGUGCCGCACAUGAUGUGUACAUGGAUGAUUUUUUUGGUUCGUCGCGCUCUGGAAAGGAUAUCCCGGCUGGCGUAUGGUAGUCUAUCACGACGGGUCGUCAUUGAGUGUCCUGUGUUGCUCCCUCCGCUCCUACGCCAGUGAUUACUUCCGCGUUGGCCACCUCUGCAGAUUCCGCCGCUUCGCCGCCCACCUCUUCUUCCUUUCCAUCAUGGCCC